AUGCAGGAGCCCAUCCGAGUGGCCAUGCAGAGGAAGCCAACCACCAGCACCCUCUGCGAUGGGAGCAAUCUUCCCGUUCCCAGGAGAGGGCUUAGUUUGCUGGGCGAUGCCUGGUCACCUGCCGAGGGAGUGCAGCUGGACGCAGUCUCCACUUGCUCUGAGCCCUGCUCUUCCCACCACGGGAGGCUCACUACCGGCCCUGUUCUCUCUCUCUAUCACUCUGAAUGUCCCAAGAUCUGGCUACCUAGGGCCCUGAGGCAGACCUACAAGAAGGUUGGUGACACUCUGAACCUAUUAAUUCCAUUCCAGGGCAAACCCAGACCUCCAGCCUCCUGGACAUGUGACGGCUGCACCUUGGAUGCUAAAGUGAACAUGUGGAAUGGAGAGCGGGACUCCAUCCUCUUCCUCUGAGAAGCCUAAUAUGCUGACCGAAGUCACUUCCAGCUCGGGGUGCAGCUGAGCAGGCUGGAGGCCACUGCCACCAUUGGCAUCCUGGUGAUCGAUACGGUGGGGACAGGGAGAUGGGGUGGUCCACAGGGGCCCCCUCUCCAGGCUGAAGACGAGCCAUCACUGAGAGUUGGGGGAGCUGGGGUGACUGCCCGUAACACAAUGCAGAGGCAGUGGUGGGUGGAGGGAGAGGAGCUGAGCAGAAAGGGGAAGGAGAAUCCUGAUGUGAUUCCCAGGCAUGGGGGUGUACCAUGCCCAUCGCCGUGCAUGGCCCUUUUGGAGAGGCCAGGCCCUCUUCGGAGUAUCAAGCUGGUGGAUGUUCAGGGCUCCAGUGCUGCUCGGUGGACAUCUCCGCAAGACAUGGGCAGUGUGGUGCUCCUAGACUACACAGUGUGGAAGGCCCACACAAAUCUGGGCAGCUUCUUGGGCCUGGAGCUGUGGUUUCAGAUUAUCACCCCACCUGCUUCACAGUCUCCGACCUCCUCAUCGACAGCUCCUUCGCAUUUCAAGUCUGGAUGUGGAAGGGGACCUCUGCCCCCAUGUGAGGGAUGGGGGGCUUUCCAGAAGCUUUCUUCAAGACCCUUACUUCCCCUGCUCCUCUUGCUCGGUUUCCCCAGGCCUCUUAGGCAAAGAGUCCCAGCGACUGAGCACAGAAAGAACAAUUGGUUCUCCCCAUGCUUUGUGGCCCCCUCAUCUUUAUCUUCCAGCCAAAUCAUCUGGCUGAAGAACCAGAUGGACAUCCAAGGCAACCCACACAGAGCCCUGUCUCACCUGGGAAUCUGCUCCCUAGAGAUCCACAAGCCUGGUCCCUUUGACGGGGAGGCAUCGGUGGGCUGCCAGAGGAUAUGA